AUUCGUCUCACUCUAUUGCUUUUCUUCGUCUUCUCCACUCCUCCAACCCCUUGAGAAGGCCUAGAAACAAUCAAUCCGAUUCCCUCAAACCCUAAACCAGAGAAACCCUAGAUUCCUCAAUCCAAACCCCACCAUGGUGUGCAUACGCAAGGCCACGAUAGACGAUCUUCUGGCGAUGCAAGCCUGCAACUUGUUCUGCCUUCCUGAGAAUUACCAGAUGAAGUACUACCUCUACCACAUCCUCUCAUGGCCGCAACUACUCUACGUGGCCGAGGACUACAACGGCCGAAUCGUCGGAUACGUUCUGGCAAAGAUGGAGGAGGAGAGCAACGAGUGCCACGGCCACAUCACCUCGCUCGCCGUGCUCCGAACCCAUCGCAAACUAGGGCUUGCCACCAAGCUCAUGAGCGCAGCUCAGAACGCCAUGGAACAGGUAUUUGGAGCUGAGUACGUUUCUCUUCACGUUAGGAAGAGUAAUAGAGCUGCUUUUAACUUGUAUACCCAGACUUUGGGGUAUAAGAUUCAUGAUAUUGAGGCUAAGUAUUAUGCUGAUGGAGAAGAUGCUUAUGAUAUGAGGAAAGAGCUUAAGGGGAAGAAGAUUCAUCAGAAUGUGCAUGCUCACGGUCAUAGUCAUGGUCAUGGCCAUGGCCAUCAUCAUCAUCACCAUGGACAUGGUGGUGGGUGCUGCUCUGGUGGUGAGCCCAAGAGUGUGGAGGCCAGAGGCGGUACCAAGGCUGAGAAAGCUAAAGCUGACUCCAAAACUGGCUGAGAAUCGAGAAAUGAAAUGUGGGUAGUAAAGAUUUAAUUCUUUUUUGGUUUACUUUUACCUUUAUUUUAUCUGAUUGUUCUGGCUUGGUAAUUUGAAUAAUGCAUUUUUGGAUUGGGAAAUCUAAUUAUAUAUUAUGUGUGUUUCCUAAUGUAGCAUUACUAUAUAUACAUUAUGAGCUUGGGUAGAUAGAAUAUGUUGUAUGAGCUCUUUGGUUUAAUGGAGUAUUCUUGUGCUUUUUGGGCAGCAA